UGACAUCUGCUGUCAAUUGACCCUUUUCGUGAAAACCAACCCGCAAAAGUGUACACGUUUUUGCCACUUUCUGUGGAAUAUUUCAUCAGCUGAAUUAUCGCCUAAUUAUUCACACUAAAUUCAGAGAAUAACCCUCGCAAAAUGGUCCUCACCAGUCGAUUCUACAAAGAAAAGUACCCAGAAAUUGAUGAUGUUGUCAUGGUUAACGUGCGGUCCAUCGCCGAAAUGGGUGCCUACGUCCAUCUCUUGGAGUACAACAACAUCGAAGGAAUGAUUUUGCUCUCUGAAUUGUCCCGUCGUCGUAUUCGUUCCAUAAACAAACUCAUUCGAGUUGGUAAGACAGAACCUGUUGUGGUAAUUCGUGUGGACAAGGAGAAGGGUUACAUAGAUUUGUCAAAGAGACGUGUCUCCACCGAGGACGUCGUCAAGUGCACUGAGCGUUUUGCCAAAGCCAAAGCAGUCAAUUCGAUCCUUAGGCAUGUCGCUGACAUUCUUGGCUACGACUCUAAUGAUGUGUUCGAGGAUUUGUACCAAAAGACGGCGUGGUACUUCGAGGAGAAGUACAACAACAAGACCGCUGCCUACGACAUCUUCAAGCAGUCAGUGCAAGACCCCUCGAUCCUCGAUGAAUGCGGCUUGGAUGCUAGUACGAAGGAGGUGCUAUUGCAGAACAUCCAACGCAAACUGACAUCGCAGGCGGUGAAGAUUCGCGCAGACAUCGAGUGCUCUUGUUAUGGCUACGAAGGAAUCGAUGCUGUGAAGGCAGCUCUCAAGUCCGGUUUGGAUGUGUCCACGGAAGAAAUGCCAAUUCGUAUUAAUCUCAUUGCGCCACCUCUCUACGUCAUGACCACUUCCACAACAGAGAAGACUGACGGUCUCAAGGCGCUGGAAGUUGCCAUCGAAAACAUUCGCAAGCAAAUUAUGGAGAACGAAGGUGAACUCAAGGUAAUCAUGCCCCCGAAGGUGGUUACAGCGAUGGACGAAGCCGACUUACAGCGGCGUAUGGAACGUGCCGAAGCCGAGAACGCCGAAGUCGAUGGUGAUGAGGACGAGGAGGGCGAACAAGAGGGUAUGCAUUUCGAAGGAGGUGAGGUCAAUGAUGAUGAAGACGGCGAACCAAACGAUGAAGCCGAAGCUGAAGACGAAGAAAAGUAAACACAAUCUAAAACAAUUACUUCCUACUUUUGCAUUGGGGUUUUGCGCAUUAAAUCAUAUAAAAUUCAUAUAAUCUGUAAAGAAAUAAAAUCGAUUUAAAUGUUUACAAGCGGAUUAAAGCUAAAAGAAAUAAAAAUGAAUUUAAGUAAUUUUAUAGAAAA